AUGCAAGCAAAAAAUUCGGGCUUUACAUUGAUGGAGGUCAUCGGCGUUCUGGCGGUGAUUGCAAUCAUUGCGGCGGUCGCCACGCCGCAGAUCUUUCAGGCAAUCCAGGAUGCCAAGGUCACCUCACUUGUACAGGAGGCAAAUGAUCUCAAAGCAGCCGUCGCCAGGUACUACAAAGAUACAGGUACCUGGCCACGUCAUAUCCCAACGCGCAAUGAAGACCAUUUCAACCAGCUGAUGCGCAAUAGCGACUCUAGUGGAAAUGCGAUUGCAGGGUGGAAUGGUCCCUACAUUGAAUCACAGCUGUCUAAUCCGAUUACCCCAGGAGGGUACCUGGAUCUGCAGGUAACCAGUAAUGCCAACUACGCCUGUGAUCUGGAUGGCGACGGUAAUGGUGAUGGCACCUUUAUCACCUACCGAAUUGACGGUGUGCCGGAUAACCUGGCGCAGAAUAUUUCGCAGAUGUUAGAUAAAGACGGCGCCAAUACCACUGGUGACGAGGGAUCGGCGACGCCUCGUGUCAGUAAACCGCUGGGCCAACGCCUGGUGGAAGCGGGAUUGCUGACGGAACCGCAACUGGAUCUUGCACUGCGUGAACAGAAACGCGACGGUGGAUUCCUUGGGCAGGUUUUAGUUGAACUGGGAUUUGUGACCGAAGAGGACAUCACCGCGUGUCUGGCGUUGGAAAACGAUGUUGAAAUGGUCAGUGUGCGCGACCUGGAAGUCUCGCCUGACCUUUUGAGCCUGGUUUCUUAUGAGACCGCUCGAACCCACAAGUUGAUUCCGCUUGCGAUAGACGAUGGUGAGCUGACCGUUGUUUUUGCUGAUGCGUUAGAUGUGGUUGCACAGGAUGCCGUGGAGCGCGAAAGCAAGCGAACCAUCCGCGUGGCUACAGCACCCGAGCCGCAUAUCCUGGAAGCGAUUGAGCGCAACUAUGCGCGCUCAUCGAGCAUUAAUGAAACGAUCGAGCAGGUGCUGUCUGGAGACAGCCUGGACGUCACUGCGGCGGAUCAGGAUUCGCCGAUGGUGCGGCUCGUCGAUCAGAUUUUUGCCACUGCCAUCAAACACAAAGCCACCGAUAUUCAUCUGCAGCCUGAAGAGCGCAACAUGCGCGUGCGAUUGCGGGUGGACGGCAUUCUGCGCGAAGAAAUUGUUGUGCCCAAAGCCAUCCAAUCCGCCGUACUGGCGCGGGUAAAGCUGAUGGCCAAUCUGGAUAUUACUGAAAAGCGUGUGCCCCAGGAUGGGCGCAUUCGUUUCACCUUCGGCAGCGGCUAUGUUGAUCUGCGUGUUUCAACACUGCCGACCAAUCAUGGCGAAAGUAUUGUCAUGCGCCUGCUGGAUGGCGGAGCGGUCCAGCUCUCGCUGGCUGAGCUUGGCUUUGCACCUGAUGAUUUAAGGCGUAUUGAGCAGGCCAUCAGCCAUCCUUAUGGGAUGGUGUUGGUAACCGGCCCAACAGGAAGUGGUAAAACAACCACCUUAUACACCGCGUUGGGCACCAUCGACCGUGAAGCGCGCAGUGUAUUUACCCUGGAAGACCCAAUUGAAUAUACGUUGCCGAUGAUUCGUCAGACACAGGUCAAUGCAGACAUCGGAAUGGAUUUUGCUGCAGGGUUACGUUCACUUUUACGUCAGGAUCCAGACGUUAUUCUGGUUGGUGAAAUACGUGAUGCUGAAACCGCUGAACUGGCUACCCGCGCGGCCAUGACGGGUCACCUGGUUUUUUCAACGCUGCAUACCAAUUCAGCCGUUGGCGUUAUCCCGCGUCUGGUAGAUAUGGGGAUCGAUAGAUUCCUCCUGCCCUCUGCUUUGGUCGGCAUUGUCGGGCAGCGGCUGCUGCGUAAACUAUGCGUAAGCUGCAAAAUCCAGGUGGAGGGCGCCAACCCACUUCUGUUAGGUGAUCUGGCUGAUGUGACGGAUGUGAGUGAUCAUCACUGGCAACCCGUAGGCUGUGAUCAAUGCAACGGUAGCGGUUACAGCGGCCGUAUGGCUGUUUAUGAGGUUCUGUUGGUUGAUACCUCUUUUCAUGAUGCUAUGUUGGAAGGUAGCGUCGAAUCGAAGCUGUUGGAGCUGGCGCGCGCGGGUGGCAUGACCACUAUGCUGGAAGAUGGACUAGCCAAAGCACAACAGGGCCUGACUUCGGUGGCUGAAGUGCUGCGCGUGCUGCGGUAA